UCCCUGCUGCGGCUGGGAGCGGCGGGGAACCGCGGGAGCUUGGCUAGCAACAGGUCUGUGUGUGUGUAUGUGAGAGCUGGAAUGCUGCUUCCACCUCCUGGAGGUGCCCUGGUUUACUGAGGGGGCACAACACUGCCUGCCCGGGCAUCCCGGUGAUGCCAGGGAGCUGCCGGCUGGAAAUAACCUUCCUUGUGUUGCCCAGGGUAGCAGUGAUGGGGAUGGCAGCAGCUGCCCCUGAGCCUCUGGCUUUGGAGCUCCAGGAGAGCCAAUCCACCUGGCCUGGGAGCUGGACCACUCUGCAGACCUCCAGGGUUGGGAAAAGAAGAUCCUGAGGCUGGUUUGUACCUCUACUAGGAGGAAAGUGUCUGGAGCUUGAAGUAGCUCAUGUUAGCCUUUAAAUCUGAACCACUGGGCUGCAAAGGAUAAAAGGCAGUGAGAUUUUUUUUGGGGGUGUUUUGCUGGGAAAAGCGGGAUUGAGUGUAACUCUGGGCAUUUCUUAAGGCUGGCAGGUAAGAUGGCGCCUCAUCCCAAAAGAAUGGGCCUGUGUUGCUGGGGUUUUUUUCCAAAAGAAAAUCCUAACAAGGAAAACUUACUUGCAGUCCUUGCUGUUUGGACUGCUGUGAGUUGCAGCUGUCAUUUACUGAACAGAAUUGGCUUCAACUGGAGUCAAACCAGGAGGUUUCCGAGGUAACCUCUCAGCGUGUCAAAUUCCUGUCAUCAAUCAGGGGUACCUACCCAUGCUAUCCAGGUAAGGCUUAGAAUUUGGUGUUAAUUAAAAUUGAGUCACCGAGGCAGCAGCAAAUGGAAAUUCAAGAGCACCAAAAGGAUUCAAAUCCUCAGAGCAGGUCACAGGAGGAAAAAAAAAAAAAAAAAAAAAUCAAUGAGUAUCUAAAGUCCCUUUGUGGAUGUGGAUGGUGAUGUAAAUGGAAACAUAAGGUACAGGGAGAGUUCAGCCCUUCCACAACCAUCAUCUUUCUGGAGAGGUGACACUGCAUUUAAACCUCUGCUGUCACCUGCACAGCCAGUUCUUCUCCUGUGCUGCCUGCACAGUUAUUUAAGACUAAAGGUGUUGCCUCUGGGCAAAUCCAGCAUCAGGCUGUGGUGGAGUGUUCAGGAUGGUGCUGCAUGGGGAGCUCACCUCUUCUGGCCUUGGGCCAGGCAGGCUUCUCUGCCUCAUUUCUGGUGAAGCAAAAUCCAAUGUCCUGCAGCCCAGGAGCUUGGGUGGGGGGUAAAAUGCUCUUUACUGUGACAGGCUCUAAGUCAUGAUGCCCCGUGUGACCAGGCCAUGGGCUGUCUGCUCUCAUGCCCAUCAAUGGCACUUCCUGCUAAAAGAGAUGGAAACCAAACAAUUCUAUGGCUCUUGCUCAUUUUUGGCUUGAAGCAGAGGCAUCACCUGGUGCAAAGAACCCUUGUGAUGUGCUCUCUGCAUUGGAAUUGGUUUGGUUUUCUUCUGGUCUUUCACUUGGCAGUGAUUACAGGAUCCUCUGUGCCCCCUAUUUUGAGGGGGGACAUAAACUAUGUGCUGGCAGAGCUGUCUCCUGUACCUGGUGAAUUAGCCCUCACUGGCUAAUGGACUCCUAAAACACUUUUGUUUGCCAAUUCUAUCCUCCACUGAGAUUAUCUCAUGAUUGUCCCACUUUUCAGGAUUGGUUUGUUUGGGUUUCUUUUUAACCUCCUUCUACACGCUCCCCAAUUACUCUCCUCAGUUUCAGUGCCCCAAAUGACAGGGCUGUCAGGGAGUGACUCAUGAGCAAACUGAAAGGUGCAAUUUAGGAGGCUCAUGUCCCAUAAAUGGGGAAUUUAGUGCUGCCAAGAGCCCGGCAGGGAUCAUUGAUUUAGCUCUGCCUAUAUACUAAUCCCCAGCACUUCACAGCUGAACGCUGCUGGAGCAUCUCUCCAGGGGAAAAGCUGUGGCCAGUCCAGAUAUUUCGUGGGGUCCCUGCCCAGUUUCCAGUGAUGGAUAGAAAGCUGCUACUUGGAGACUGGAUCCCAGGAGAACUGGAGUAAUUUCCUACUGAAAGCUUUUAAAACAGGUACUUGCUUCCAAGGUAAGGCAACUGAAAUCUUAUUGCUUGCCAGGCUUCUCAAUAAAGUGGUGGCAUAAGUGUGCCUGGGUGUGGAAAUCUUACUUUAACCUGAUUUCAGGAAACAGUUGGCUGAGAUUUUAGUUAAGAUUUUAAACAGCCUGUGACACAUCAAAUAAAAAUAUAUACAGAAGCUUAAAGGCUGACAAAGCACAAAGUGAAAAAAAAAUAUUAUAAUGACAAGGAAUAGGUAAGCAGCCUUGGCUCUAAUGAAGCAGGGUGGGAAUUAUAUAUAUAUAAAAAAUUACAAAAAUAUAGAGUGAGGCCCAUAACAAUAGCAAUAGUGAAUGCCUCACCUGCCAAUUUUAUCUCCUGAUUUACGCUUAUGAUUUGGCUUUGGAGUGAAAUGUUUUCUAUUCCCAGCUCAAGUGGAUAAGUAAUCUGCAACUAAGUCUGGUAUUUAUUACAGUAAUUCUGCUGAUAGCCUUGUUCUUCAUCAUUUGAAGUUUGAGAUCUUUUAAAAAGAAAUACCUAUUUUAAAAACAAAUACCUACAAACAAUUUUCUUUGGCCCCAGCUCAGACUAUGCAGAUAAAUGACUCUGAGGGGAGGAUAAGCAAUUUAACCCCAUUGAGAGGAGAUGUGUGUGCAGCUCCGAGAUUGGCACAUCUCCCUGGGAUUGCUCAUUUCAAAAUGAGAAAUUUCUUCUUCUCAAGGUGCACUUGUUUUUCUUUAUGAAAGUAAAUGUCAGUGAGAAAAAAUGAUUUGAUUGCAACUGCAUAUUUUUAGGGGGUGUUUGCUUCCACAGCUCCUUUCUCCCAGCUGCAAACCUACUGGGAUAUUCGGGCUUGUUUGGAGAUAAACCACUCUGUGGUAUGUCAUAUAAAAUAUCAUAGAAAUACUGAUGGAUGCAAAGGUAAAUACUGUAAGAGUAAGUUCUACUACCUUAAUUCACAAAUAUCCCCAGAGUCCUCAGCUGAAGCCCUGCAAGACGCAGACCAAACAACUCCUGCACCACUCCCUGAGCCGCAGGAACUGGGAUUGGGGGAUUUGGGGUGACUGCAGCUCCCCCUUGCUCUGAAAGAGAAGCAAAGAUGAGCCCAGGUUCCCAUGGUCUGUGCAUGGGGUCCCUGUGGAACACCAUUUCAGUUUUUCAGUCAGUGGUUCCCUUCCUGGCUCCCUGAGGCAGAGGAUGAUCCAUAAAUUUCUCUCUCCCUUAUUUCUCAGACACUCACAGACCAGUGUCCUGUUCUUUUUGCCAUCCUUCAGGGGCUGUGUUUUGCCCCUGAGAGUUUCUCACUUUUCAGCAGACCAGGGAUCAUUUUCCAAGGUGGGCAACCUUGGGAACUGGGAACCCUGGGAAAUCUCUGUUGUUGUGCCAUUACUGAGCUCAGGACAAAAGAACACAUUUUUUAGCACUUACCACAUUAAAUGUUCUUCAUGUACAACUACAUGCUCCUGCUGUCUCUGAAGUUUCCUUGUUUUUGUUUCAGCCUCAGAGGAGUCUGUGAGGGUAUUUCACACAUGAAAAUCAAGACAUCAAGAUGACAAACCCAGCAGGUUGUGCACAGGGGUGAAGCAGUAGUGGCUGCUCCAGGGGAUUUCUUCAUAGAAAUAAUCCCAUCACUUCAUAAUGGCUUUGAACUGCUACUCUAAAGAUGCAAAACUGAAUUUCUGUAGCCAGAGCAGGCAAGGUCCCUGUGAAAACACAAGGCACUGGCUUAAUUUCUCCUUCCAGCCAAUCCUCCUCCCCCUCAGCUUCAGGAUAAUGGAAAUCCGUGGAGCUUUUCCAUUUCCUGUUAUCUGCAGUGUUUGUACAGCCACUUCCCUAUGCCUGCCACAGCCAAAAUUUCAUUAGUGAAACUGGGAUGAGACUCAGCUCCAGUUUUGCCUCAAGGCUGUUUACAACUUCUUGUUUACCAGCUUUUGACAAAAACUAUUCCAAAGAUCAUUACUGAAGAUAUUAGAAGCUGCUGCCUCACAGCACAGUGUCAGAAACAGAGAGAAAACACAAAAUAUGUAUCCAGAAUAACCAUUAUUCCUCCUGCUUUUAGUGUGAUAAGGGACAGCUCUGUCAUGGCAUGACCAAGAACUUCUGCCUCAGAUCAUCAGAGUCCCCUUGAAAAGCCAAACUCCAGCAGGGCCCAUUAGAAGACAAGGAGGAGAAUGGACUCGAACUCUUCAUUGAUUUGGCCUCACUUGGAUUUGCUGAAUUACAAUGGGACAUACAAGUACCUUUCCUUGGAAGCAAAUGUCUCCUAUGUGGACUUCUACCUCCACCAGCCUUGGGUGGCUGCUGUCUUCAUCACCUCCUACCUCCUCAUCUUCCUCCUCUGCAUGGUGGGCAACGGGGGGGUUUGUUGCAUCGUCCUGUGGAACAAGCGCAUGCGCACGGUCACCAACCUGUUCAUCCUGAACCUGGCCGUCAGUGACUUGCUGGUGGGGCUCUUCUGCAUGCCCACCACCCUCCUGGACAACAUCAUUGCAGGAUGGCCCUUUGGGAGCCUGGUGUGCAAGAUGAGCGGGAUGGUCCAAGGCAUCUCUGUUUCUGCCUCUGUCUUCACUCUGGUUGCUAUUGCUGUGGACAGGUUCCGGUGCAUUGUGCAUCCGUUCAAGCAGAAGCUGACCAUUCCCGCUGCCGUGGCCACCAUCGCGGUCAUCUGGGUGCUGGCCGUGGCCAUCAUGUGUCCCUCGGCAGUGCUGCUGCAGGUGCAGGAGGAGAAGCGUUUCCAGGUGCUCCUGGGCUCUGGCAACGCCACCCGCCCGGUGUUCUGGUGCCGGGAGGAGUGGCCAGACCCGGCAAUGAGGAAGAUCUACACAACAAUUCUCUUUGCCAACAUCUACCUGGCUCCCCUGUUGCUCAUCGUGCUCAUGUAUGCCAGGAUAAGCGUCUCCAUCUCCCACGCCGCCGUGCCUGGAGCGGGAAAGCGCAGCGUGUGGAAGAGGAAACGGAAAGCCAUCCAAAUGCUCGUCCUUGUCACUUUGCUUUUCGCCCUCUCCUGGCUUCCCCUCUGGACGCUGAUGCUGCUGUCGGACUACGCCAGCCUGUCCGACCUCCAGCUGCAGCUGAUCAACAUCUACCUCUAUCCCUUGGCUCACUGGCUGGCCUUCUUCAACAGCAGCAUCAACCCCAUCAUCUACGGCUUCUGCAACGAGAACUUCCGCCGUGGCUUCCAGGCCAUCCUCAAGAUCCAGCUGUGCUCCAGGGUGGCCUGUUCCCAGCCAGCGCCUGGCACUGCCGUCCUGCCAGCUGCCCGCUGCCAGCCGGCUCCCCAGGCAGCCGAGGAAAGGAAUUGGGUGAAUAAGCAGCAGGAUUUGCUCAUGGAGGAGCUCAAGGAGCCCUGUGACAACGGGAUGGAGUGAAACGCGCUGUGACUCUGUAAAUCUCUCAGAGCAGCUGAAACAAGGCUGCUCAAACCCUAUUUAUGGUCACAUUUCAGUCUGUGAGGAAUCCCUUAUCCUGUAACUCUCAUGGACUGAAAUACUGCAGACACGGUCUGGAAGCCAGUGGUCCCUGGAUUUUCUUGUGAUCGUGCUUCUUCCCUUGUGAGCACCAGCUGGGUCCUGCUCAAAUGACAAAAUUUAGCGUUUUCCAUCACAUUCCCCUUUGUUGCUGUUAUUUCUGUCACAUCCAUUAUUGUUGCAGCUAGAGAAUGGAAACAGAAAUUUGAGAAAUAAAGGAUAAAAUAUG